GCCGCCGACCUCAAGCGUAGCCACGACAAGGAGAAAGCAGAGCUGCUGGACUUGCUCCGCUCUUGCAGCUCGAGCUCGCAGGAGCUUGUUCAGCCGAUGCUCGGCAGCGCCCGAGUCAAAUGGCUGCUCAACACUGUGAGGCAUCGGGCGGCAGCAAACGGACGACUCUUCCAUGAGGAGCUUCAAUCCGACACAGCAGCUCUAGAAACGCUCGGCAGACUACGCGAGGAGUUCGAACAUUCCCCAGUUGCAUUGAUCGAAAUCCCGCUGGAGUGUGUGGCAGUUUUGAGUGUCGAGAAAGACAUUUACAGCUUAAAUACACAACCGCUGAAACAAUUCCCCCGUGAAAAGUGUUUGCGUUCAGGAGUAUCGCGCGACAAACGGCCGCUGGAUCCGAGUAGCCUGGAGGAGCACCUGAAGCUCGGUGACCGAAUGUUGCAGGAGGGACGAGCGGCGUAUGGCGUAGGGGAUUUCGAUCUAGCGAGCAUACGAUUCACACAGGGCGUGCAACUGCUGAACUGGGUGAAGGCGGCAAGAGUUGAGGACCAACACCUGAUUGACGACAUGUACCUUACUCACCUGCGCAACCAAGCGCAAACAGCCCUGAAACUCGAGAAAUUCCAAGAAGCCAUCAGGGCGUGCACGACCAUCAUUCAAGACAUUGAUGAACAUGACGCCAAGGCGAGGUACCGAAGAGCAAAAGCUUACACGAUGCUCGGACUUGUCAAAUGCGCCAAGGACGACUACGUCUUCAUGCUCAAAAGUCCUUACGUCGAUGAAACCGCAGUGAAAGCAGCGCGCGCUGCUUUGGCUAACCUCCGUAGAAUCCUCAACAAGUACAAACUCCAAACUCGUGAAACAGUGCAGCGGAGCGUGGCUAUUGACGUUUUCACAGGAAAUCGGACGUGCACUGAAAACGCGGCAGCAGACGAAAGUGGGUUCGCACGCGAAGGGCACGUCGACGACUUUGCAGGCACAGAGCAAUCGGAAGGGAAAUCACACGCAGUAGAGCCGCGACGGUCCAUCGAGCAACUGAAAGAAAAAACUUCCAGAAGAGAGAACGGAACCCACACAGACAGGGUUUCAUUAAAAGAUGAAGCUGACCUCAAGGCCAGCGUCAGGUCCUCUCACGAGGCUCAGAAGAAAAGUUGGUUCCACAGUGAAACUAGACCGGAACUCUUUCCGACAGCUGAAGCGGGAGAGCCAGCAUCCCCGACGAGUGACAGACAAAAGGAGUCUCCCAAGGAAAAUAUGACCAAAUCUCUUCCACUUCUUCCGCUUGAAGAGACGAAGCUACUUCUGGAAGACUUACUGGACGCUUACACGGAUCCCGAAACGCAGGCCGAGCUGCAGGAGGCCACUCGUGCUGCAGACUUUGACAUGAGACGGUUUUUGAUCCGUGUGCGGAAGUGUCUGCCGGAGAUUCAGCGACCCGUGUUUGAACGACAUCAUUUGCCCGGUAGGAAUCACCACGAAAAUCUCCGCAUAAUGGAGAUGAGUGUUACACGCUGGCGGUCAAGCGACGAAACCGUCGAUGAACUUCGAAAAGAGUGCUGGAAUGCCAUCUUCGGCGACCUCAUUGACCUUGAUAAUGUGUGA